AUGCGACCUUGCGACACCGAAUUGACCAAUCCUCCCGCUCACCGAGGCAGAAACCGUGAAAGACAGACAUGCGGGGGAUUUUGUUCCGGUCUCGCGAGGUCCUUGGACCUUGACCUUGGACUUGGACUUGACCAGCCCGACAAGGACGGCGACCGAACCGACCCAUCAUACGAGAUCUUCCGCCCGGUCCUGCACCGGAUACACCCCGGCGGCCGCGAGAGGCACCGCCGGAGUCCCGGCUGGCACGGUGAGGGCACGGAGCACGGCGAGGGCGCGGAACGCGGCGAGGACGAGAUGGAGCUCUCCUUCCAGGCGAUGGGCAAGAGCUUCAACUUCACGCUGCGCCGGAACGCGGCGCUGUUCUCGCCGCACUUCGUCGCGACCGUCCGCCGCGGCAACGGCACGGCGGACAUCGUGGACCACGUGAAGGACUGCGUCUUUCACGGGACUCCGUCGGAGGACUUCUAUCCGGGCAACGGCAUCGCCGUCUCCCUCUGCCACGGAAUGAUGGGCGUGAUAAAGGACGAGUCGGAAGACUUGGUGAUCCAGCCCCUGGCCAAAACCAGCAGCGUGUACGACUCCCUCUCCGACAUCCCCCUCGGCGACCACGUGAUCUACCGCACCAAGCAAGGCCCCAGCGACCCCUACGCCUUCCUCGACGAAUCCUACGAGUCCCUCGAACCCAUCCGCGGGCGGCGCCGGGAGAAACGCCGCGCCCCCCCGGUGGGAACGCGGCUAUACAUGGAACUGGCCGUGUUCGUGGACCGAUACCUCUUCGACCACAUGAAGACCAACUUCCCCACCGACACGGAAGAGAACACCAUCAACGUGGUCAUGGCCAUGAUGAACGCCGUCCAUCUGCUGUACAACGACGAGAGCCUCGGCUACCCCGUGGACGUCGUGCUGAAGCGCCUGGAGCUUCAGACCCCGGCCUCCGACCCCCUCGGCCUCCUCUGGCCCUUCGACAUCGACACCUUCCUCACCCGCUUCUGCGAGUGGCAGGCGAAGGAGAACCCCGGCGGCGACCCCGAUCCCCUGCACUGGGACCACGCCCUCCUCCUCACGGGCCUCGACCUCUUCACCGUGGACAAGCGGGGCAAGCUCAACAGCCAGGUCGUGGGCCUCGCCCCCGUCGGCGGCAUGUGCAACCCGACCGCCUCCUGUACCGUCAACGAGGGCAGGCACUUUGAGACCGUCUACGUCGUCGCGCACGAGAUCGGACACAGCCUGGGGAUGAAGCACGACGGAGCGCCGGGGGGCAACUCGUGCGACCCGGGGACGUUCAUCAUGUCGCCGACCCUCGGCUCGGGCAAGAUCACCUGGUCGCCGUGCUCGCAGCGAUAUCUCACGGAUUUCCUCGAGACCUCACAGUCUGACUGCCUGAGAGACGCCGGCCUCCCGACCUGGAAUCUCGACCACGCGUCCCUGGGACUCCUCCCGGGAGAGAAAUUCGACCGGGACCAACAAUGCAUGCUGAAAUACGGCCGCUCCAGCCGCCACUCCGAGGCCCAGAGCCAGGAGGAAAUCUGCAGGGACCUCCACUGCCAGAACGAGUUCUACACCUGGACGUCGCAUCCCGCGUUGGAGGGCUCCGAAUGCGGACGCGAUCGGUGGUGCCGGCGGGGUCACUGCGUGACGAAGAUGGGCACGACCGGCUCGCGGAUCCCCCGAGACGGCGGGUGGAGCCCCUGGGGGGCCUUCUCGGACUGCACGGCGGAGUGCCUCUACGGGCUGGAUGGGGUCCUGCUGACGGGGUCCGUCGGGGUCCGACUCUCGGCGAGGCACUGCUCCCAGCCCUAUCCCGAAUUCGGCGGCCGAGAGUGCUUGGGCCUGAACAAGCGAUACGCGACGUGCGACCCCGAGGACGUGUGCCACCGGUCGUCCGUCGACCGGGACCGGAUCACCGUCCAGGAUUACGCUAAUCGGCUGUGCCGCGAGGAGGCCCGGUUCGACCCGGAUCUCAUCGGGACGGGGCUGCAGCGGUCCGGAUCCGACCGGGACCUGGCCUGCGCCGUGUGGUGCCACCGCGCCAGCGGGGGUUACACGAACCGGGGGUGGACCUUCCCGGACGGGACGCUGUGCCUGGAGCCGCAGGAGGCGGAGGUCCAGGCGACGGAGGGGAGGGCGACGGGGGCCCUGGGGAGUCCGUAUGGCAUCUGCCUCGGCGGGAAGUGCCAGGCGAGUUUUUUCUUCAUCUUCGAGGUGUCGUGCACAGACCCCACCUACCAGAUGGGCCCCUGGGAGUGCCCCGGGGCCGGUGGACCCAAGCUGGGGGCGCAGCUGAACCACGCCUGGGUCCCGGCCGGGCCCUGCCGCCGGUCGUGCGUCCUCAACGCCGUCGGCGUCCGAGAUGUCACACGGGGGCCCGAGCACUCCUUUCAACUCUGCUUCACCGACACCCAGGAGUGCCGGAGCCAGGAGUCUCCUUACGAGUACGCCAACACGUUCUGCAAUUACCAUCGGGACGCGGUUGGGAUCUUGUCGGGGGUCGGACUCCAGCUCCCUGGAACCACUGACGACCCCGACCGGGGCUGCCGGAUCGCGUGCCAGGACAAGCGAGUGGAAUACCGCUUCUACCGAGCGAGAGGGAGAGAUGGUCUCUUCCCGGAUGGGACGCCGUGCAAGGUGCAGAUGAACGCACAGAGGCCGUCGUAUUGCGUGCAGGGGCUCUGCCUGGAAUUCGGGGAAGGGGAUGAUACGGCGGUGGUGAGGGAUCCGGCCUCGGGGAGGGAUCCGGCCUCCGGAAGGGAUCCGGACGAGGUGAUCGAGGUCACGGCGAACCGGUUCGAGCGCGACUCGCCGCGGCGGCGGGCGCCGUACGUCGCCGGGUCCCGUCGCGACUCGCACCUCUAUCGGAAGCCGUUCCCGUCAGCGUCUUAUCCCAAGUACCAGCAGAACCGGUACUUCGAUCGGUACUCCGGGAGCCGCGAGGAGUACGGCUACGACCAGCGACGGCGGAACUGGCGGGAUUCGUACGAUCCGGACGAAUACCAUCGCACCCGGCGACGAUUCAAGCGACAGUCCUCGUCGGACUCGCAGUCCUCAUCAGAGAACGAGGCGUUGGACCUGGCCCACCCGGUGGAAGUGGACCUGCUGGCCCUUCCCCCUCACCCCCCAGCGAGGACCAACGACACGGUCGACCCGGUCGACACGGACCCACCGAAGCCCGUGGAGAGCGCCUUCUACUACUGGAGAGUUUUGAACACUUCCUGCUCCGUCUCGUGCGGCGCCGGCAUGAGAUACACGUUCGUGGACUGCGUGACGAGCGGUCAGAUCGUCUCGGACGAGCUGUGCGGGGACUGGCCCCGACCGACGCUGCCGGCCAUGACCCCCUGCGAGAGGGGGAGAUGCCCCCAGUGCGGGAGGGGCAAGUGCGGGGGGAAGGGGGAGAAGGAGGAGGCGGGGCUGCUCUUCACCGACUUCAUGGUCGAGUGGUUCCGGAGGCAUCUUGGGAUUCUUUGA